AUGUGGCAUGUGGUGGGUGGACAGAAGAGCGGCGGCUUGCUCGUACGCUCGGGAAGUUCCUUGACGUCGCCGGCCUAUGAAAAGCGCUUGCAGGCAGGCGCGUUGCUGCGAGAGCUGGCUCUUGGCUCUAACCGGCUGCACUAUGAGUUGCUGGAGGGAGAAGGUCCGCCCAGAGGCUGGGUGACGUUGCGUUUGCACGGCCUCGAGUUGGUGACACGCCAGGAGAGUGGUGCUGAGAUUUCCAAAGGAUCGAACUCGGCUGGCGCUCAAACCGCUCGACCGGUGACCGGUGGGCCAGCAACCACCUGUUCCUCACGCAUGGGCGCUCCACCCACAGCCACGAGCGCUGUGGGCGUUCCACCUUCCGGAUCUCCAGGAGGCGUGACCUUUCCCUCCACUCCAGCGGUCUCCCAGCAGGUGGACCACUGGACGCAGAUGUAUGAUCUCAACUCCACGCAGCCGCCCAGCUGGCGAAAGUCAGGUCAACAGAGGAGCUCUGGAGUGCCUUUGCCCUGUUCAGUGCUGCCGGUGACGGCAGACAACCUACGGGACGUGCCACCUGGAAAGAGGCUGGUACACAUCGAUUUUGUCAGCUGUACAAGCUGA